AUGAAAGAUAGUGAUGAGGAACUGAGUUGCACAUCAGUCCUGUGUCAGUGGAAAGCACCACGAGCCAAUGCAAAACCACAACCUAUGUCUGCACUUGCACAUAGAAAACCUUCAACAGACUCAACAAAUGAUCCAAUGACUGAGCCUGCUCCUCAUCCACAGACAACCUUUGACCCCAGACAUUCUAUGGAUAGGAUACCUUACCUUGACCGUACAUUGCAACACCUACAGAAACUUGAGGAAAUUUUUCCCAAAACAGGGAUGGUGCAUAUUUGGAAUAUCCCAGACCCUGUCCCUAUGGCAUCACAUGAAGAAGAAAUUGUGACAACCAAGGACCCCUACAUCAUGAAAAUGGAAGAAAUGCUUUUUACUGUUGGGAGCUUGCCCCCACCUUCCAUUGACAUGGAUCUAGUGAUGUUCAUAGAGAAGUAUACACAGGAGCAGAGAAAGUACACAAACAUGCCAGCAUCUGUACAGUGGGGGAUAGAUGACGAGGACACAGCCCGAGUUGAGUACUCUAUGAUGAAACAAGUACUGGGGGGCAGCUUUAGAAUCGACUCUACUGGAUUGAUGCUCUGCAGCACCCAUACUUUUCUAGGUGCAUCCAGUGACGGGAGGGUAACAGAAGAGAACAGCACAGGCGUGCUUGAAAUAAAAUGCCCAUACUCCAUAAAGGGUACUUUGGUAAAUGCCAUGGAGAUACCAGAUAUCCUUGCAAUGGAAGACAAGUGCUUUUGUCUUGAAAAUACUAGUGAAGGACCAAACCAGUAUACAACCGAGUAA